AUGAGCCAGGAGGGGCAACUGCUGGAAGCUGAGGAGCAAGAGGAGGUGCAGCGGCAGGUGGAGGAGAUGCAGCAACAGGAGGGAAAUCUGGAGGAAGAGGAGGAGCAGCAAGAGGAGGAAGAUCUGGAGGAAGAGGAGGAGCAGCAGCAGCAACAGGAGGGAAACCUGGAUGAGGUGCAGCAGCAGCAGCAGCAGGUGGGAGAGCUAGAAGAGGAGGAGGUGGUGCAGCAGCUGGAGAUGCAACAGGAGGAGGAGGUGGUGCAGCAACAGGAGGACAGACUGUUUCAGGAGGUGCUAAAGAAAGAGCAGGAAGAGUUUCAGCUGCAAGAAGAAGAAGAAGAAGAAGAAGUAGAAGAGAAGGCUGAGGAGAUGCAACAAGAAGAGGAGGUGCAGCAGACGGAGGAGGUGCAAGAAAGUGAGGUGGUGCAACAAGAGGAGGUGCAGGACAGUCAAGAGCUGCAGCCGUCUGAGGAGGAGGAGGAGCAGCCGGAGGAGGAGGAGGUGCAGAGUGAGGAGAUGCCACAGUCUGAGGACCAGCAGACUGAGCAGCAGCAGCAGCAGAAGGAGGCGCAGCAAACCGAGGACUUUGUGGACGCUGUGGAGCAGAACCACAACAACCAGGUGCUGAUCCGGCUGAGAGGAAUGCAGAAGUACAAAAGCACAUCGCAGAGGCUGAAGGGGGUCCUGGAGCAGAUGGACCGCGGCGUCGUGGACCUGCAGGAGCUCCGCAGGAACCUGGAACUGGCCGCCGCCAUGCUGGACGCUGUUUACACCGACGAGACCAGGCGGCUGUUGGACACCGAGGACGAGCUCAGCGACCUGCAGGCGGAGUCGGUGCCCACGGAAGUACGUGAUUGGCUGGCGUGCACCUUCAGCAGGAAGAUGGGCGUGGCCAAGCGGCGUCCUGAGGAGAAGCCGAGAUUCAGGAGCAUCGUCCACGCAGUGCAGGCUGGGAUAUUUGUGGAGAGGAUGUACAGACGGACGUCCAACAUGGCGGGUCUGACCUACCCUCCCACGGCGUUGACAGCUCUCAAGGAGGUGGAUCAGUGGUCCUUUGAUGUCUUCUCCUUCCACGAGGGCACCGGAGAUCACGCCCUCAAGUUCCUGGUGUACGACCUGCUGACCCGCUAUGACCUCAUCAACAGGUUCAGGAUCCCAGUGCAGGCUCUGGUGCAGUUCGUGGAAGCUCUGGAGAACGGCUACAGCAAACACAGGAACCCCUACCACAACCUGAUCCACGCCGCCGACGUCACCCAGACCGCCCACUUCCUGAUGCUACACACCGGACUGAUGCACUGGCUCAGCGAGCUGGAGAUCCUCGCCAUGGUUUUUGCUGCCGCCAUUCACGACUUCGAACACACGGGAACCACCAACAACUUCCACAUCCACACCAGGUCGGAGGUGGCCAUCUUGUACAACGACAGGUCGGUGCUGGAGAACCACCACGUCAGCGCCGCCUACAGGCUGAUGGCGGAGGAGGACAUGAACAUCCUGGUCAACCUGAACAAGGACGACUGGAGGGAGCUGAGGUCUCUGGUGAUCGAGAUGGUGAUGUCCACAGACAUGUCCUGCCACUUCCAGCAGAUCAAGACCAUGAGGAACGCUCUGACGCAGACACACAGUAUCGACAAAGUGAAGGCUUUGUCUCUGAUGCUUCACGCCGCAGACAUCAGUCAUCCUGCCAAAGCCUGGCCGCUGCACUACCGCUGGACCCACAGUCUGAUGGAGGAGUUCUUCAGACAGGGAGACAAAGAGGUGGAACUCGGCCUUCCUUUCUCACCUCUCUGCGACCGCAAAGCCACCAUGAUCGCCCAAUCACAGAUAGGUUUCAUAGACUUCAUCGUGGAGCCCACCUUCAGCGUUCUGAUCGACACAACGGAGAAGGUGAUCGGCCCUCUGAUAGAAGAGGACCGGAAGGCCCGAGAGACUGGAAACAGGAGGUCCAGUCUUACAGGAAGCGGCUCGGUUACCGUGGAGUCGGUGCAGAGACACAGCAGCGGUCGUCACGGCAACAGCGAUGAUGGACAGACGGACUUCUCUCUGACGGCCAUUGACCUGCCGACUCUGAGGCUCCACCUGUCCGGUGUCAUCUCCAGCAACAAGGACCGAUGGAAAGAGCUUUCUGUGCACGAGCUGGCCGACAAAGAGCAAGAGGAGAAAGAGAGCGCCGAGGGCAACUCUGACAUCCAAUCACAAGCCUCGCCCGGCCACACUUCUGACCAAUCACAGAACUCCGAGGACCCCCCUCCGCCCGACAACGAGGCGCCCGACCGCGCCGAUCACCUGACCUGGAACGGGGCGGGGCCAGGUGAGGAGAAGGGGGAGGACGACGAAGUGCCUGAAAACGCCUGACGACGCUCUGCGGCAAACUC